AACGAGCCGCCUGUCAUGCCCAUCAUCAGGAAUCCCUUCCGUCGCACCGAAGACACUGCGCGUGCUGUCGAGCCCCAGCCUGACCGUCGCAAUGUCUCUGCCCCGCGUUCAAUCGAGAUUAAGGAGCCCGCUGAAUACAAACUGAGUGGUGAGCAUGCGCCCGCUCUGUCAUGCUUGUCGCGAUCCGGUGUCUAUCUUCCUCCUUCUCCGACUGAGCGCAAGAACUUCUGGUCCACCAAAUCAAGCAGCUCGACCAAUUCGUCCACCAACCACCGCGCUAUGCUCAGCGAAGAGCCAUUCAACAUUUCUAGAGAAUCCUUCGACUCAUACAGGCGCUCUUUCGACAUUUCAGCUCGCUCGCCCAUCAUCGCACCCGAAGGUCGUCCUCGCCAAUCUCUCGACUCGUCAUACCACCGCCAGCCCCCACGCAGCUCUCUAGCUCUCAACAGACCUCUACCAACAGCAGACGAAGGCUUCGAAGAUGUCGGUCUCGACGACCCCAAGCCAAAGAAGCGCGGUUUUCUGUCGCGCUUGACAGAUAGCAAUGAUGAUGGUCCAGAUUCCAGACCUACAUCAAGUCACCAUGGCUUCCACUUUGGAAGUGGUCGCAAGAGAGGUCAAAGCGGUCAAGGUGCUGAGCUGAAGCCCAUGGCCGACAAGUCAAACGACGAGUAG